UUCUGAACGAGUUAGAGGGUCUUGGGUUACGUUAUGUAUGCCUCUUUAGACUCUUUCUUACCACAACCAACAAUACCACAAUAAACUCGCUCCAAUCUCCGACUCCAAACAAACCUGAAAAAAAGAAAUAACAAAAAAAAAAAAAAGAAGCUGACAAUUUUCUUGAUUAGUAUUCUAUACCACGUUGGAUCUAUCUACAUCGAUCAAUCAUUAUUUCUCGUCUCUCAUUCUCUCCCUCUCUCUUUCUCUCUCUCUCAAUAGAACAAGAGUUUUGUGUUCUUGUUUUUGUGCCAUUUCUCGAGUAUGUCGGAUACGAGCUUGAGAAGGGAAGAUGUAACGUUAGGUAGUGUUACAGAGACGAGAGAAGAUGAAUGUUCGGACAAGAAAUCUGUGUUAAACAUUUGUCGGAAAAGGAAGAGAUCAGAUGAUGGAGAAGAAGAAGAGGUUGUGGAGGAAGAUAAUGACGGAUUCAAAACACCGACUCGUCCGGAGAAUAGAAUCCCUAAGGUCAGAGAAUGUCCACCGGCGCCGAGGAAACGGGAGUAUUCAUCGGAGAUGCUUAGAGCUAAAACGAUGUAUUGCCGGAGACGGUUGAGUUUCGCGCCAGAAGAUGACGUGACCUCGUUUAUAACGGAUUUGCAGUGGAGGACGACGACAAUGACGAUCAAGAAAUAAUUAAGAUUAAGGAGAGAGAUAUUGUUUUAACUUUUUAGUUUUUUAUGAUUUUAUUUUUUCAUGAUCCAUAUCUUUAGGUCACGUUUGGAAAAUAUCUGAACGUUUUUUUCCUCCCGCAAAUAGACAAAAGAAAAAUACUUGAUUAUUAUUUGGUAUUUUUGUUUUUAAGAGUUCCAGAUCAUAUAGUGAUUUUCGUUUCAAGAUGAUUAUUAUUUGUCCAUUGUUAGGUUUUUCCUUCUUUUGAUAUGGAUGAUUUUCUUGUGUUGUGUUUUACUUUUGUGAUGGUAAAAAGUUUACAACGAGCGUCUAGCUAAUUGCGUAUAUGUUGACGAAACUGAAAUAUGUUUCUUCGUGAUCUUGUGUAUCAAACUCGAAUUAAUUA